CAAUCGCACACCACAGCACGACAAUAUGCGGAGUUUUUCAAGACCUUUGUUGUGUUUGCUGCAACGUCGUUAUAACUUGCCACAAAAUAUACGCCUGAAAGCGACAAAAGCUACCACCACAAGUGACAUUGACCAGACCUCGGGGCAGACGCCUAGAACCACACAUGACAACCAAAAGCCGGGUGUUAUGGGACCGGAGGAACAGCAGAAGCUCCCGGCACGCGAACCGCUGGCUAAAAACUUUUUUGUGGGGGCAGUGGACAAGGAGUUGCUCGGCUUUCCCGAGGUAAUCACGCGCGAAGAUAUGACCAAUCUUCAGAGCCAUUUGGUCCCGUUGAAGAACUACUUUGAUGACGAAAAGGUGGAUCCAAAAGCGCUCGACAGUCUGAAGCAAUUAGGCCUCUACGGUUUGAAUGUGCCCACGGACUAUGAAGGUAAAGGCUACGGCUGGAGCGCCAGUUUAAUGGCCAGCGAGCCGGAGGCGGCACACACGAGCAUUUCUCUGGGCUUACAGAGCCACCGUGUCAUUGUUGAUCUGCUAAGGGAUGUGGGGACGCCGGCCCAGCAGCAACGUUAUUUUCCCUUAUUAGUGAAUGGUAGCCUCAUAGCCACUGAAGCCAUAUUCGAGUACACACCACCUGAGGAUGAAUACUUCAGUACACAAGCCAAAUACCUUUCUGAUUCCAGAAGCUGGGUACUGAAUGGCGAGAAGGCCUAUGUGGUGUGUGCGCCACCUUCGACUCCUCAGCAACAGCUUUUCCUGGUGCUGGCACAAACUCAACAUCCAAAUGUAUCGGGUAGCAUGGGGCGGGCCACCACCAUCUUCCUGGUGGAUUCGAACGAGGCGGGCGUCAAACUGGGCGAGCAGCACCAAACCUUCGGCUGCCGUGAGGCGACUAUGCGGCGCGUCCACUUCGACAAUGUGCAACUAACGGAGGAGAGCAUUGUGGGGCAGGCGCACGAUGGGAACCGCAUAGCGGAGCACCUCGUCCGAUCGGCCCGCUUACGUAGCUCAUUACCCGCCAUUGCGCUGGCCAAGCGGCUGCUAAACGAGCUGGCAGAGUACAGCGUGGCCACCACACAAUGUGGUGUGAAUGUGAAGGACUUGGAAAUAACGCGGGCUCACUUAUCCGAGAGCAUGUGCUCCAUUUACGCCAUGGAAAGCAUGCUCUACCUCACGGCGGGCAUGUUGGAUGAAUUCAAGGCGCAGGAUGUGACAUUAGAGAGCGCCAUAACCAAGUAUUACACUCUAAAGCAACUGUAUAGAAUUGCGACCAAAAGCCUGACUGUUAUAGGGCCGAAGAGUCUGCACACUGGACAGCCGGGGGAACUGGGACUGCAAGAUGCGGCGCAAUUGUAUACCCAGAACGAGUCCAUAGACACCCUGAGCAUGUUUGUGGCGCUAACGGGUCUGCAGUAUGCCGGCCAACUCAUGAACGAAGGUGUGCGCAAAUCUCGCAAUCCGCUCUUCCAUCCGGGUCACAUAUUCGGGAAGUUCUUCGCCACCGCAUCCUUAGAAAAUCCCAAGACGGCAUUGCAACUAUCCGAAAAUGUCCAUCCCACCCUGGAUCCCGCUGCCCAGUGCAUUGAGCAUUCCGUGGCUCGUUUGCAAAUGGCCGUGGAGGUGAUGUUUACGCGCCAUGGCAGUGCGGUGGUGGAGCGCCAAACGGAAAUGAGACGCCUGGCCGAUGCGGCCAGCACUAUUUAUGCGAUGUUUGCCUGUGUGGCGCGCGCCUCCAGAUCCUACUGCAUUGGUCUGUCCCUCGCGGAUCACGAGAUGUUAACUGCAUCGGCAGUGUGCUUGCAUGGUCGGGACCAUGUGAAGGCGCUUUGCACGGAAAUCUAUAAUGGCCAUCAUCUCAACAACGACAACAAUUUGCUUCGCCUUUCCUCUCAGAUAACCAAGAGCAAAGGCUAUUUCGCUGUCCAUCCCCUGACUUUUAAUUUUUAGGUGUUGAAUUUUAUUUGUUAUGUUUGGCUGUAAAGCAUGUGAAUAAAUACAUGAUACAUGCUAAUCUGAA